ACUUUCAACAAUUUUCCUAUUCCAUUCUCUUCUCUUCUCUUUCCUUCCCCUCAAUACUCUGUAUUUAUACUUUAAAAAAAAAAAAAAAAGGAUUUUAUAUUUAGAAAAUUUUAAAAAAAUGACAGCAGCUGAGCUACAAUUACCUCCAGGGUUCAGAUUUCACCCAACUGAUGAAGAGCUUGUGAUUCACUAUUUAUGCCGAAAAUGCACAUCACAGCCAAUUGAUGUACCAAUUGUAGCUGAAAUUGAUCUCUACAAGUUUGACCCAUGGGAUCUUCCUGAACGGGCAUUGUAUGGGGAGAAAGAGUGGUACUUCUUUUCACCUCGAGAUCGGAAGUAUCCGAACGGUUCACGUCCAAAUCGAGCUGCCGGAACUGGAUAUUGGAAGGCUACUGGUGCGGAUAAGCCGAUUGGAAAUCCGAAAGCCGUGGGGAUUAAGAAAGCAUUGGUGUUUUAUUCUGGCAAGGCACCUAAAGGAGAGAAAACUAAUUGGAUCAUGCAUGAAUAUAGGCUUGCUGAUGUUGAUCGAUCUGCUCGUAAGAAUAACAAUAGCUUAAGGCUGGAUGAUUGGGUUCUAUGUAGAAUAUACAACAAAAAGGGAUCGAUUGAAAAGAAUCGGAAAAUGAAUACUAGUAGUAGCUAUAUGGAUACAGUUGGAUCUCCGGAGGAUAAGAAACCGGAGAUUCUACCACCGCUACCUCCACCACCUCCGCCGCAGCAGUUGCACAACGAUUUCUUCUACCUGCCAUCAGAUUCAGUUCCGAAGAUCCACUCCGAUUCAAGCUGCUCGGAGCACGUGCUUUCGCCAUGCGAGAGGGAAGUGCAAAGCGAGCCGAAGCUAACUGACUGGGAAAAAGCUACCCUUGAUCUUCCAUUUAAUUACAUGGAUGCCACUACCGGCGCCACAACGGUCGAUAAUAGCUUGUUAGGUUCUCAAUUUCAGAGCAGUUAUCAGAUGUCGCCGCUACAGGAUAUGUUCAUGCACCUGCACAAACCUUUUUAAAACUAAGUGGGACCCAGUGGAUCAUUUUCAGCCGCAAGUGUCAAAGGAGACUAGCUAAAAGUCCGUGACUGCGCACGUGCGGCCGUAUUAGAAUAAUAAAUAGUAGUAGCAUCUUUUGCGUUCACAUUGCCAAUUGUGAAAACAACAUUUGUAUAUCUAGUGAUCAUAAUUAAAAAAAAAAUAUUAGUAAUAGCAAUUAAAAUAAAAUUGCAAAAAAACACCCUAAUCAUGUUUUAUAAGUACAUAAUGAUCAUGGGACUUUAGUGCUACAUGUGAAUGUACUUUAGUGUUAUGAGAGAAAAGUUACUAGUUGUAUGUAUGAUGAAAAGUUUUAGGGUGGCUAUGAAACUUUAAUUUGUUUUUUCAUUAGUUGUUGGGUUGAUUCAUUUUUGAAAAUUUUGAAGUCCUUUUACCAGCAUAUUAAGGCUUUGAUGUAUUCUACCAAAUUGAGGUAUGCAAUAAUAUCUUUUUUAAUAUCGAUA